UGUGAAUGAACAUGCUGCACAUGCGCAGUAGGCCCAACGAAAACUUCCUGCAAAAUAGUGCUCCCUAACAACAGACAAAGCUUGUGGAUUCAGUGGAAGACGCUUGAUUAAAAGCGUUUCUUGUGCACUCCUUCAAUGGGUCCCGACGCACUCUCCAGGUGCAGAGAGUAGGCUGAGCGUGCAGACAUGUCCGGUCGUCCUGCUGCAGAGAUGGUCGACUCACAGGAGCUGCCCGAGCUGCCGGCAAAGAAGGCUAAGCUUGAGAUAGACGGUGGACUGGAAGAAGAGGCGAGUCAUUUAGGUGAGCAUAGGGGUCGGGCUGCUGUGUUGGGAUCCUCCGAGCAGGAAAGCUCUUACUCUGCUCUGUCCACAGCCCAGCUUGAUCCAGGUGAUCAGGAACAGUCAGACGCCGGCAGAGGAGCGGCACCUCAAGCAUGCGGCGACUCCAUGAACUCGUAUGCACAUCCUGUUACAGACUCAACGGCAACAUCUGAAUACACCCAACAGGUUUAUCAAGGAAGCAACCCAGCAGUGACGUCAUACACCAACCAGGUGGCCUUCCCUCCUCUGGCCCAGUCCACUGUGUACUCUGCCUUCCCUCAGACAGGCCAGACCUACGGCCUCCCGCCCUUCGGUGCUAUGUGGCCAGGCAUUAAAACUGAGACAGGGCUGCCUGAGGCGCCCUCUGGUGGCCAGCCUGGGUUUCUCAGCUACAGCACCGCAUAUACCUCCACCCAGCCCGGCCAGCUGCACUACUCAUACCCCAGCCAAGGCUCAAGCUUCACAACAUCCAGUGUGUACUCCAGCAUCCCUUCAGCGACAGCCGUCCCCACAACCUCCCCCACAGCGGCCCACCAGGAGUUCAGCAGCUACACCUCUCUGGGACAGAGUCAGUUCUCGCAGUACUACGCUCUGCCUCCCAGCUACACCCCCGCCGGGCUGCCCAGCAGCGAGGACCCUGGGGCCGCUUUGGGAGUGGCCGGAUAUUCAGCGAUAAAGUCAGAGCAAGCCGCCUCUGCAGGUUUACCUCCCAGAGAUGCAUCCCCUCCAGAGAACCUCCCAGCUGGGGCAGCCCUCCCCACCAGUGUGGCCCUCCCCCCCGGAGCCAGGGACCAGGACGAGGUUGGACGCAGGAACUCAGUAGGCAAAUCCAAAGGGAAGGGCAAGAGGCCCGACAGCUCCCCGCCUGCUGACACCGACCUGGAGGUAACACAGCGCAUUUUUCUCUGGGAUCUGGAUGAGACCAUUAUUAUAUUCCACUCACUGCUCACCGGAUCCUACGCACAGAAGUUUGGCAAGGAACCAGCCACAGUGCUGAACCUGGGCCUGCAGAUGGAGGAGCUGAUCUUCGAGCUGGCAGACACCCACCUCUUCUUCAACGACCUGGAGGAAUGUGAUCAAGUCCAUGUGGAGGAUGUUGCCUCUGAUGACAACGGACAGGAGCUGAGUACCUACAACUUCUUGACGGAUGGCUUUAACGGGGCCAGUGGUGGGGGGACGUCAGGAGGCACCACAGGGGUGCAGGGGGGCGUGGAGUGGAUGAGGAAACUGGCCUUCCGCUACCGCCGGCUAAAAGAGAUCUACAAUAACUAUAAAGGGAAUGUUGGAGGCCUGUUGAGCCCGCUGAAGGGGGAGCUGCUCCUCCGGCUGCAGAGUGAGAUCGAGAACGUUACAGAUGCCUGGCUCAGCACGGCGCUCAAGUCUCUGCUGCUCAUCCAGUCCAGGGGGAAGUGUAUGAAUGUGUUGGUCACCACCACUCAGCUGGUGCCAGCUCUGGCCAAGGUGCUGCUGUACGGCCUGGGAGACGUCUUCCCCAUCGAGAACAUCUACAGUGCCACUAAAAUAGGUAAAGAGAGUUGCUUUGAAAGGAUCGUCUCUCGCUUUGGAAAGAAAGUGACGUACGUGGUGAUAGGUGACGGUCGAGAUGAGGAGUUUGCAGCAAAACAGCACAACAUGCCUUUCUGGCGGAUCUCCAAUCACGGAGACCUCGUGUCCCUGCACCAAGCGCUGGAGCUGGACUUCUUGUAAAGGAGGCAGCGUGUGAAUGUCGCACACUAAAAGGGAAAAUGUAGUCGUCAUCCUGUCGGUCUGUGGAGUGACAUUACGUGAGAAAACCCUCCACAAACUCUAAUUAGAAGCUCUGCCCUGACUGGAUGACUCACUGUGUGAUGGUAACGUACUGAGGCGGACUUUGGGUCGGAGCGGACAGUGAGACAGACUGGAUGCUGAGUUAAGGUUCCUCGGGCCCAGCACUCCCUCCUCUACGGCAGCUAACCUCACCGCGGCUGAAACUGGCACUGAUCUGGACACAGAAGGGAAGACAUCCAUUUGUUUCCCUCCUUUGGUCACAUCUACUUUUUUGGUAUCAAUAUUUGUAAUCUCCUUAAAAAACCAAAGGGCCAUUUUUGUUUAUUGGCGUUGUCUUAUGUUGUUGUAGCUUUUUUAUUUAGUCUCUGUUACUAAGAAUGAUAUCAAAGAAGUUUAAAAAAAAAA